AUGGAUAAUGACCUUCUCUGCAACUUCAGGAAAUGUAGAAAAAGGCUCAACACGUAUGCUUGGGUAAGAAUUCAGCUUAAAUAGCCCAGACCACUUUUUUUAUAUCGGGAAAUCUCAAGUUGCUUUAGCCUUUGCUGUUUUGUUUUUAAUGUUUAUAAUAAUAUCUUGAAUAAAAUAGUAGGUUUUUGCAAGUCGUCAUUUUACAUAAAAAAGUUUAAUAUUAGUGGGCCUCUAUCAAAAAGAGCAUUUUUAAGGCAGUGAAUUUGUGGGUACCAAGUUUUAGAAAAUGUGUUGGGAAUUAAUUCAGAUAUGGCUUUGAAGAGUCACAAAAAUUUAGAGACGUUUGUGAAAUUUCCCUACUUUGAGAAGCUAAGGGUUUAAAUUGCUAAUUGAUUGGAAAAAUGUCAAUUAUCCCAAGAGUUUGUGCUGAUGUUACAGUCCUUUCAUGUGCAAAAAGUAUUACUGGAAUAAAAAUUGAUAAUAUUGGCAUGUUUCCUUAAUUCAGUUCGUAACACAGAAGGACUGCCAUUUAUCAAGACUCUGGAAUUAACAGUAGCAAUUGUCAAAUAGCUUUGUAUUUUCCAACUUUUAACAGUUUGAAACUUUGUCUUCAUUCUUUAGGUUACCUCAUGCUCUCGUAUCCUUUUUUAAUUUUAGAAAACCUCUCAAAUGGAAUUCCUUUCACCAUGAAUUCUGUGUGCAGGCUAGAGUUAGUUGACCAUGCUAAAAAAAUGAAUGAAUGUUGAUACUACACCCCUCUUGUUUUAUAUCCAUAUUUAUAUAAUGCUGAAAAAGUUGUAUCCAUGUCUGUUGAUUUCCAGCUUAAUGAGGCAUGCAUACCACAAGCUAGACAGAACCCCUAGUGUGCAAAGAAAGUUAUGUCCGAUAGCCCGGGGCUAGUGGAUUUUGCUAUCGGGCUAGUGAUUUUUGUUCUUAACUUGCCCGAACAAGCAAGUGCUGUUUUUUGGGGGAAAUUCAAAUUACAGAAGGAUUGUAAUCAAUCCUGCUAAUCAAAAAGGGUUUGGGGGCUAGUUGAAAUGACUUGUGGCCUAGUACAUACUAGCUACAGCUUGCUCAAAUGGCAGGCUGUAAAACGGACUUUCUUUGCACCCUGGCAGGUUAUAAACAAGUUAGCCCACAGCACAGGCAAAUAAUAUAAGCUAAUCAAGCCGGUUUUCCAGGGGGUCUCCCACAUGACAGAGUUAUGGUUGCUCAUCCGAAAAUUAGAAUUAAAGCCAAAAAGAAAAACCAUUCUGGGUGUGGCAUGUGCAGGCCUUACAGGUAUUUGACCUCUCGAAGAAACUGUUCUAAAACAGACAAUUAAAUAAGAGCUACAGUCAAUGUAUUAAUGAUCUUGACAUCAAAUGGCCUGUCUGCAACACAGUAUGACAAUGCUUGCUUUGGUUUAUAUAGAUAUUUCUUUGGUGAUAUCUGUGUGGGUGAUAAUAUUGCUUAUCUGUUAGGAGCACUUUAAGACCAAAGUUUGCUACCUGCAAUUUAAAUGCCAGGCCCAGAAAAUGCUGAGCAAAAGGGACAAAAGGGCAUGGUUGUAAAUAAACCACUCAAACAUGUAUAUAUUUGUGUUAAAAUUAUAAAGCUAUGAUAUGAGGUCAAUAAUUUUUAAGAAAAAGGAAGCAGAGUGGCUGAGUGGUUAGAGCACUGCAGUUGCAAUCUGGAGGCCAUGAGUUCAACUCCCACUCUAAUUGAUUGCUGGAUUUGUCCUUGGUAGACCCUUGUUCUUCUUCUUGACAAUGCUUGUAAAUAGCCAACUGGUUUGCCUCUGGCCAGUUGGGAUUCUUAUCAGUGUUGUGUUUAUUUCAAAUAGUUGUUUCAGUCCCUAGUGGGUUUUUAGUAGUUUUGCAACCCAUAUUAUGUCAUUUAAAAUAAUCAAAAUACUGACCUAAAAAAGAAUAGCACGACUGGGCUAACUGCAGGUUGAUGGAACUAAGUCUACUGGUCAAUUUCAACGUAAAAGUCAAGACUGUUUAAUUUUUGAGAAAAUAUGGGACAAAAUAAAAGGAAUGAAUCUUUAUUUAAGAAAAUAAUUUUUAAAUCUGUUUUAAGCCCAUACAAUAGAAAUUAUCUUGAACUGGGUAGAAAAGAGUUAACCAGUUUAAAAUGAAAAGUUGCAAGUAAAACUAGGAAUCAGGAGUUAGGGUAGGGGUUUGAAAUUAAUAUAAUACACUGUUCUAUAUCCUUGACAACAUGAAAAGAUAUUUUCUGUGAUGAGGAUGGAACAAGAGAGUUUAACAAGAAGCUUGUGUGUCCUGCAUGUAAGUCUUGUUUAGUAAAAUGAUGAGUACACCAUUGUAUUGCCCCUGAAUUAAAACUGCCUUGUUCAUAUUUUUUUUAUUACCAGGUGAGACCAACCUCUCUGCCAAAUUUGAUGUCAUUCGGGUUGAUCUGCAAGCUUCAGAGCAAUUUAAAUCAGUAAGUCUGUGAUUUCUUGACUAGUACGACUUUCUGUGUUGACUGAAGAGACUUUUUUCUUCUAUAUAACUCUACAAAGUAUGAAAAGUUUAUAAAAGUUUAACCAACGCCUGGUUGGCGCAACUGUAUAAGCAGGAGGCCCUUGAAUCAAAUCCCGGCAGGAGCAACACUUGGGGUCUGUAAAAUAACUGAGGAGAAAGUGCUGCCUUUGUAAAGACAUCAGCAAACAGUUAGACCUUCUAGUCCUCUUGGAUAUAGUCCUGUAAGCAGAGGCUACAUUUUCGAGGUAUGAGCUGGGUUGCGCUACUUUUCGCAUGCUAUUUCACACAGCGAAAAUGUAGCCUCUGCUCGCAGGGUAUCCUAAGACCCGGUGAAUACUUACACAUAUCUGUUAUGUGCGAUGUUAAAUAACACACACACUGUUCGUAAAGAGUAGGGGAGGGACUCUAUCCUGCCAAGAAUUGGUAAAAAGUUAAGUAACAAAAAUAAAAAAAUUGUUAAAAAUAAUUCUAAUGCUUCUGCAGUCCUUAACAAAUACAUCAUUAGCAUAGAGGUACUUGUUGAGGUAGAAAUAGAGGUAGGGAUAUCGUAGGCGGCCUACGAACAUCUAAUACCAUUUCCUGACAACCUAAAGCCUGGUAUAAACGAAAAUAGAUCCACGGUAAAAGGUCAACUAUUCUUAAUGACUUUUCCCCAGACUUUCUACAAAAAAAUUUUGAAUUAAGUCCACCGUUUGGGUACUGGUAUUCUUCCUCCUUGCUUCAUAUUUACAUCCUUUUCCUGACCUGUAUCUUUGAGCACGCAUCAUUACUGUAAACUCGUAAAAUCUCAUCGCAUGUCAGAUGCUAGAUAGGAACGAAGGCGCAGUGAUAGUGUUGCAGUUGGUUUUGUGGAUAUCUCACAGCUUUUAAUAUUAUUUUUUCCACGCAAACGGACGAGAACUUAGCCUCACCCGGGCGUUCUUAGGGCUUCAUCACGCGUUACUUUAGAGGCAGGGCAAGAACCUAACAAUGAAGAAAAGAGCUCGAAGCGCGCGUCCAGCCUUGACACUUGCGUCAGUGCUCACGUCCUUCGGAUAAGAAUAGGAGGGAAUAGUUGUGAUAAGUGUAUUUCUUGAGCUUAGGCAGGGUUGUAUUUAAGCUUUUGAGUGAAUGGUACGAAAUGUAUAUGUACAUGUGCAUGUACUUGGCCCUGCAACUGAAUUUGAUAAAGCUGCGAGUUCCUUUAAUUAUUUUGUAGAUGGUACUGGCUGGUCAAAAACCUGAAGUUAUAAUGGAGAUUUGCUCGAGGGCUCUGGCAUUCUGGACAUACCAAGUAAGGAAGAUGAAUUACUGAAAUACAGCCUAAUUAGUAAGGGUGAUUAGUAAGCAGGUUGCUUUGGGGUGCAUUGUUUUGUUUUGUUGUCUUGUGUUUGGUUUUAUUAUUUAUUGAUGUUAAUAAUAAUAAUAUUAUUAUUAUUACUAUUAUUAUUAUUAUCAUUUAUUAUGAUUUUUAUUCGUGUCACGAAGCUACAAUAGUUUCUUAAACAAUGUGGUAACCAGUACGUACUAUUUAUACUACUGAUCUUUGACCUGCAGGCACAUCAGGAAAGAAUGUAUCAAGAUUAUGUAGCUAACAAGGCUAAGGAGAAGACAACUCAGUUAGAACAGUACUACAGUCAAGUUCUCUCAAAAGUGCAAACAGAACUCAAUUGUAUCCUUAAAUUACAGGGCCGGGUUGUUCAAAGCUACUUGUAGGUUAAGAUAACCCAGGGUUAGUGCUAGGUUUGAAUUCAGAUAUGAAGCUUAAAAAGCAUUUCAGUUUUAAUUCUUUUUGUCUACAAGUUGAUGAUUGGGAUCUCUUAAAAUAACAGAGAAAAUUAUCCGAGAAAAUGCUUUUGAACACAAGAAAAGGAUACCAGGGAUAAAUUUAACGCCGGGAUAAGCGCUAAUCGGCCUUCGAACAAUUGGACCCAGUCUGUUUUGCCGUUUCAUGCCUAUUGUUUGUAAGCUAGAGGUUUUAGGUUUAUUGUUGCCUUUAGUAACCAGAUAGGACCAAAUUGGAGUGCCACAAGUAAUGGCUGCACCUAGAAUGCGCGAAGCUAAAUAAGCUGGCCGUGAAAAAGAAUACCAGGGCAGAUAUCAAAGAGGCGGUUUUUUAGGGUAUGCCGGUGAAAGCGGAAAGUGUAGUAUCAAGAAAUAAAAUGAAAACUGUCUACAUGAUCAUUUGACAACUUUAUGGAAAAAAAAUCGCCGAAGAUUCCUUGGCUUAAAUCUGUCCAGCGUCAUUUUUCUCUUUUUGCUUGUUAUUUUAACAAGUAAAUAGACUCCUGGCCAAAAAUUUAGGGUCUGCUUGAAGCAGUUGUACAACCAAAAGAUUUCACAGCGAAGGGGAAGUUUAGUUAUGAUUCAGUCCUUUAAGCUUGUUAUCGCCUUUGCUUGCAAGCAAAAGUUAAGAAUUGAAAUAAUUGGGAAAUAUUGUUCGACAACAAACGGAAUGGCACAGACAAUUUAAUUAUCCAAUGGAAAUUUCUAGUUUCCUUUUUCAUGAUAAAGUUACGGAAUUGCACUCUUUCAGAAGACUUUCUUACAGCCUUAUAUCGGUUUCUGUUGGUUACUUACAUCGCUCGCUUUUGCGCGCGCCUUCGGCACUCUUGCAGUCGACUUUUGGCAAGUCUACUCUUUCAGCAGGGUGUCCAGUUCCUAUUUUUUCCUAUUUUUUGAGCCUAUUCCUAUUUUCUCCUAUUUUUAAACUAAAACCUCCUAUUUUUCGUAUUUUUUUAGCUGGUGAAGGCAAAAUUUGUAACAAAAUUGAAAAUGGAAUUAUAACUGUAUGUGUUUUUGAGUGAGAUAUAUUAUAAAUUAAGUAGUAUGUUGACUUUGAUGUUCUAAUAUUAGUAAAAAUAACAGUUAUGUUUGUUCUUUCCGUGACCUCUAUUGCCUGUUAGAGUUCUGUUGACAUUUUCGUUUUAUCGUUAGUUUUUGUAUAAUUUUCUAGUGCACGUACAUGUACAUGUAAUGUAUGUAGUGUUAUAGUUCUCCUCCUGGCUAUUGAAUAAUAUUGUGUAUAGCCCACUGAAACUGCAUUUCAGUUUCUGUACAUGUUCUAUUUUAUUUUGAAGUCUUGCUCGCUUUUAUGUUCAUCUCUGAAACUGGAAACAUGAUCAAGUUGUCGUCUCACAACACAGGCCCGAUAAAUCAUCCAAUCAGCCUCUUGUUUAAGAAGCCAAUCUUGAUCACUAGCUGAUUCUGGAUGCUACAUGAAAAGAACAGACUACAGUUUACAAAAUGUAGUUUAAGGCACUAGCUCUCUUGCUGAGCCCUUGUUAACAGCUAUACCUAAGCAUUACUGAUGAAGGAUCCAAUAUUUUGGUUGCAAAACCAGUCUUGCAGUCAUAGCUAAGCAGAGUGUUAUGUUCUUCUUAGAACCUAACCAUGACAAGCUCACAAUCUGGUACCAAAUAGAUCAGUGUCAUUUUGCGUACGCUGCAGAAAGCCUGGUUCCGUACUUAAAAUUAUGCGGUCUUUUGACUUAAACAAGCAUAUUCUCAACAAUCUACUGAUUGCAGAUUAAUGGAAGGAAAGCUUUCCAUAGGACUUUUACGUCCUAGUUCGAUAUACUUCAAUGACAACUCAAUCGUAAGAAAUUUCUAUCCUAAGAAAUUUCACUCUUCAAAGCUUUUCAAAGAUUUCAAAGAUUUGCCGCCAACUUGAAGGGAAUUUGCAUAUGAUCACCUUUGAUUACGAAACCACGCUCGACCUGUAGUCAAGCACAUCAUUCUCAUUACAGCAUAACUGAGGCAGUAAACUAAAUGUUACUAAUCAUUUUCACCCCUUCUUAGCCGCAAAAGUUGAUCUCAAUCCUGCGAACGUAGAAUCUGAGGACUCUUGGCCUUUAUUGUAACCCUGAUGGGGUGCAGGGAGCUUAUCUUUGUCCACAAAAGUACUAUUGAUUUUCCUAUUUUUCUCCUAUUUUUCAAUACAAAGUUUCCUAUUUUUCCUAUUUUCUCAAUCCUGAGUUUCCUAUUUUCCUGUUUUUUUGAGCAACCAUGCUGCUGGACACCCUGUUUCAGUUAUACAGUCGAUUCCUGAUAAUUCGAACCUUCAAGGGAAAUAGAAAAAAGUUCGAGUUGUCGGGAGUUCGAGUUAUCGUGGGUAAAAUUAUAUGGAAAAUGAUCUGAAGGGAAAUGAAAAUUACUUCGAGUUGACGGGAGGCUCGAGCUAUAGAGGGUUCGAGUUACCGGGAGUCGACUGUAUCUCUAUUUAUCUAACACAACGUAUUGUUCAAGAGAACUCUUGAUAUUGUUCCAUCCUUGAAAAAUCAGUGGUUCCUUAACUGCACUUAAUAAUUUCAACAGCAUUAAAAUCGCAAGCGUCAAGUAAGUAUUGAAAGCCAUUGGCGGCACUAUUACUGGCCAGGCGGUGUGCGUCACGACCCACAAAGGUUCAUGGGUAAAACUGUUACUGUGCCUCAUUUCAAUCGUGACUCGGUCGAGUUCGCAUCUCGUAAGAGAAAUGAAUCAAACCCAGGGAUCAAAACACUGCUGCCUUUUCCCAAAAAACAUUACGGAAGAGAGCAAUUUCGAGAAUUUUCAAGAUCUCAUAGUGGCCUUAGAUGCUUGCUAUUGGUUUCAUAAGGCAAUUUCAAGAAGUUUAUCGCGAUUCGGAGACGAUCGUGCGAUUUAGCCGACUUUGAGCGGCGACUAAUUUCCUGCUUCUCAUAAGAUUUUAUGGACUGUUUGGUUUAUAUGUAUGUUUUUAUCUCAUAGUGAAAGAGAUCUGUAGUUCAUACCUGGAUUUGCUUGACUAAAAAAAAAUUCGUCCAUUAGAAGUGUUUAUAUAUUUGAUGGACUUUGUUACCGGCAAAGCAGGGGGAGCGCGUGCAAACAUCGUCUCUCAUAACAAUUUUAUUUUCAUCGACAAGUUUAUAUUAUUUUGAAAACAGUGCCCGUUUGGAAUCCUUAUGCGCAAAUAAAUCUUUUAUCAGGCAAGGGGAAAACAGACCGAAAUGUUCAUUACUUACUAGUUUAAAAAGUGUUCUCUUAAGCCCUUUUUAAAUUUUGACAAUGAAUCGGCACAUAUUAGAGAAUCUGGUAACGAGUUCCAUUUAUCUAUAUAUCUAUGCCAGAAAGAGAAUUUUAAAAUAUUAGUUCUUGAAAAAGGUUUCCAAAUCUUCCUACUAUUUCUUGAUGGUACAAAGGGCUCUUUAAAGACUGAUUAUUGCGUGUCAGUUGAAUUAAUAUUAUUAUUAUUAUUAUUAUUAUUAUUAUUAUUAUUAUUAUUAUUAUUAUUAUUAUUAUAAAUAAUAUUUGCAGCCAUUUACUUGCAUGUUUUGCUUAUGACAGCUGACAAGAAGGAUUUGGACGACGCAAAAAAGCGAUGUAAUGAACUGUCAGAAAAGCUAAUGGAAAAGAAUAGACAGUAUCUCAAGCUGCAGGUGCGUCUAAAUGUUCUAAAAUUUCUUUAAGCUUUUCAUGAUGGCUAAAAGUAUCCGUGAAUCUACCCCGUUCUAGCACAAGCGCCUUCUGCGUAUGGCAAUUUCAUGUUCUUUGGCAAAGUAGUCGUCCUAAUCUGUUAGGGCAGGGUGGUCAAUAAAUGUAUUUACAGCGAGUAUGGCUUCUUUGUAUUCAAAACCAUUCCUUAGAGGACAACUAAGGCUUCCGUUUUAUGUUUCCUUUUUGUACUAUCGUCUUAUUUUAUCAUUUGCAAUCUAGACUCGUAAAGUAAGCAGAUACGUUUGAUAUGGUGUUUGGAAUUUGUUAGUGAGUCCUUGAAUUUGUUGGGCUCCUAAAUUUGUGAAGAUACUUCCUUAAAUUUUUUGAAUUAAUAACAGCAAAACCUCAAACAAAAAUUUGUUUCUUUUUACUACAAACACAGGGGAUGUACGACUCUCUUAGGAGGUAAGUAACUGGUUAGAGACAAGGUUUUUCUAAAAGAAAUAGUACAAUUCUAAAUGACGCAACAUUCAGUCUUCAGGUUAUUGUGAAGGCUUAGUGUAUCCGGUGUAGUGUCUGCACGUCAGAGUGGUCCUAGAUGGUUACGGAUUACACUCUCAGAAAAAGAACGCACAUUUUCAGUCCGCCAUAUAUUCACACAAUUCCCACAAUCCAUUACAAGCAAGGGCACAGGAAACCCAAUAAACGAUCACUACACCCAGACAAGGUUAAAGGUGACAAACAGCUAGAAUUCUGUUAUUUUCGUUGACUGAAAACAAUAGUUGUCAGGGGUACCCAACGACUGUUUUCUGUAAAAUAUCUGUUCCGAGAAGCAAAUAUUGCCUAGAAUUUUCUAUUACUCGUGAGGACAGCGAUGCGAUGGAGAGAGGAAUAAGAAAAUGCCUCACUUUCGUAACAGGUCAAAUUGCAUCUAAAAUUGUCGGAAAAAUAAUACUCGAGCCCUUGUAAUUUCCAAAAGACUGAAGUUCCCCGAGGAUGACCGAACAGGUGCAAAUUUUAUAGCGCACCUUAGAAUGCAUUUCUAGCGAUCUACAUGUAAAAUUACUUUGGAUAGCCUAAAAGGUGUUUUCAUUGUAUUGUGGAGGAAAGCGUCGUUGGGUGUUCCUGAGUGGUUUAUUCAUUUGAUUCUUACGAGUUCUUACAACUUGACGAAUAGAACGUAUGGUGGGCUAAAAGUUUUCAAAACAAUCUGGGACUCGUGAUCAGGUGGAUGGCUUGGCGGUUAAAUAUUGUACUUUGGCAGAAGAUUUCCUCUACAUGUUGGCGGGAUUCUGCCAGACGAAGAACUUAUGGCGAAUUAACACAGAUAUUUGUGAUAACUUGAGUGUACUUUUUUCCCCUCAGAAAAAGCAUAACGCCUUCCGUGUUGGAGGGACGUGACGAACACUUCUUGGAGUCAAGAGGGACCGGAGGACAAAUGAAGCACAUAUUUGAGAUACCUCUUGGAACUGGUGCAGGUAAAACUCUUUCAGAUUUGCAGAAUCCUUUAAUUAAAGGAGGCAACGUCACGUAAUUUAAGCUUUAACUUGAAUAUCUAUAAAACUGCAUAGUUUAAACUUGAAUCUGAUGAACACAUGUCUGGGAGCGGCCCACCUCAUUUACGAUGUCUCUUCACGCGCUCAAGGACUAGUGGGAUUAAAGUAAAGUCACGUGGUUUCUCAAGGGGCAAACAAGUGAUAAUAUCUGCGAAACAAGAAAUCGCGUUCGAGUUUAUUCAUUCUGGGCAACAAAAAACGAACAAUUUAUCGUAAAGAAAAUAAUUGUACAUUAUUGGUGGAAAGGACCAUUGUUACCUUUUUGGAUGCAGCUUUUUAGCGACCUUAGGUGUCCUCACCAGCAAGCGAUAAUUAUGUGUUUUACUAGAAUCAAAUGUUCUUAAUACAAUAACCUCCAAGAACUAAAACUCGAGGUGCAUUUUCCGUAGAUUUAAUUCGACGUACAGCAAGUGCAGCUGAUAUCAGAUAUCCAGCAGAAAGUACGUACACACUUCUUGUAUGUAUCUGAAAGCUAGUUUCCUGGAGGAGAGUUCUGUAGCAGUCGUUAAUUUAUUAAAAUGUUUAAUGUUCUCUGCUGGUAGCAUUUCCACACCAAACGCUUCAUUUUCAAUACUUUGUAUUUUUAAAGAACACUAUUGGUGUCUGUUAUUCAUGUAUGUGUAGUUUAUGUAUUAUGUCAAGUAAAACCAGCCAGAAAAAUGACGUAACCCUUCUCCACAUUCUCGACAAAUGUUUCUGAGCCUAACUCCCUUUCCUCUUUUAACUUUAAAUGACUUUACCUUGUUUAACGAAGGCAAGUUUUUUCGAUACCUCUAAUUAAAGUAUUUAGUUCUGGAAAGUGCUGAGAACGUAGUCAUCAUCCAACCGCAUGUUUGGAAGAGGUUCUUCGAUGUCCUACAGAUUGAUUGACAAGUAUUCUUUCUAAAAUGCUUCUCUCAACGGUUUUGUAUGUGGUGCUAUGGAGCUGACAUUGUCAAAUUCCCUGUAUAUUACAGUUUAGGUGAAUCAAAGAGUACAACACAUAUUGUAUGUUAUACUGGUCCCCAAACCUGUGGCCCAGAGAUGACAAAACCCUUAACUGAUCACCCGAUAUUAGUCGUCACACCUCCGUUAAGCUGUUACGAUAACGUUAGCCGUUCAAGUCGUUGCUUUUCUGCAUUCGUUUAUCUCGCAUGAAAGAAAAAAAAGUGAAAAAAAAAACAAAACAAAUUAUAUUCUACUUUUUAAACUUUAACUGGCAUAAUAUGGGGCAUCCUUAUUCCUUGCCUAUGAGCAUUAUGGGUUUCUGUUAUUGAUCUAAUGUUGUUGUUCGUCAGGAGAGUUUCACGUUUUUGACUCAUCUGUUGGGGAGUCAGUCCACCGUGCUGCAACUCCAAGCUUGAGACCAUCGCACGACCAAGAAGAAGCCACUCGAAAGUUCACUUUGGAUUUUGCGGGAACACCUGGUAUAAGCAAAAGACUGGGACAGAAGGAAAAUAGCAGAGAUUAGUUGAUGUUGGCGUUGGCGCUGUCUUGCAC